GGAGGGCUGGCCCUCAGUGUGGACGCGGUGGGGUUCGCUGUUGAUAAGGAGGGAAGGGAGACCGCUGUGGGGUACUUGAUAGAACACGCAGGUCUCGCUCUCCUGCCAGAAUGUGAUGCAGACCCCCGUGUGUGAAGGCCCUGGGUUUCAGGCUGUUUGUAGCUGAAACCGCCUAUGGCUUCAGGGUCUCCGCUGUGAAAUGAGAACCCUGGAUACAGUGAGGUCUUCUGUCCCCAUGCAGUGUGACCGGCAGCCCCAGCCCAGUGAGUCUUCAUGCCCCAUUCCGCCCUUCCCCACCCCUGCUGCCUUCGGGUGGCUCCGCAGUCGGGGCUGGGAGCAGAGGCCGAGCUUUUUCGCAGGACUCGGCCGCAGGUCGCCUCUGCGUGGCUGUGACGUCGGCUCUGCCCCGCCCGCUUCGGGUGGUGACGCGGGCGGCCACGCCCCCGCGCUUACGUCACCAUCCCGGCUCCCUCUCCCGGGAGCGUUGGCGGACGCGCGGCUCCCACCCCUCCCCUCACAGGCUCUCCCCUCCCCGGUGGCGGCCGCGGCCCGACCCUCUGCAAGGCGAUGGCCCGGGCCCCGAGCGCGGGCUAGCGUGCCUGGGUGCCCGGCCAUGGGCUGUAUCGGCUCUCGGAGCCCGGCGGGUCAGGCAUUUCUGGGGACCACCAGCUGGCUGAGGCUCAGGGACAGAGACGGCUGCUCCAGCUAAAGUGGCCUCGGACCCCGCGUGGGCUGUGGAGUGGAUCGAACUUCCUCGGGGCCUCUCUCUAUCUUCCUUGGGAUCUGCUCGGACCCUCCGAGGCUGGAGCCGUUCCUCCCGCCCUUCCUCAGUGGACAGCCAGGACUUGCCAGAGGUGAAUGUUGGAGACACAGUCGCGAUGCUGCCCAAGUCCCGGAGAGCCCUAACUAUCCAGGAGAUCGCUGCGCUGGCCAGAUCCUCCCUGCAUGGUAUUUCCCAGGUGGUGAAGGACCACGUGACCAAGCCCACUGCCAUGGCUCAGGGCCGAGUGGCUCACCUCAUUGAGUGGAAGGGCUGGAGCAAGCCAAGUGACUCUCCCGCUGCCCUAGAAUCAGCCUUUUCCUCCUAUUCAGACCUCAGCGAGGGUGAACAAGAGGCUCGUUUCGCAGCAGGAGUGGCCGAGCAAUUCGCCAUUGCAGAAGCCAAGCUCCGGGCAUGGUCUUCAGUGGAUGGUGAGGACUCCACCGAUGAAUCCUAUGAUGAGGACUUUGCUGGGGGAACUGACUCAGACAUGGCUGGGCAGCUGCCCCUGGGGCCCCACCUCCAGGACCUUUUCACCGGCCACCGAUUCUCCCGGCCUAUGCGCCAGGGCUCCGUGGAACCUGAGAGCGACUGCUCGCAGACCGUGUCCCCAGAGACCCUGUGCUCUAGUCUGUGCAGCCUGGAGGACGGGUUGCUGGGCUCCCCGGCCCGCCUGGCUUCCCAGCUGCUGGGUGAUGAGCUACUCCUCGCCAAACUGCCCCCCAGCCGGGAAAGUGCCUUCCGCAGCCUGGGCCCGUUGGAGGCCCAGGACUCCCUCUACAGCUCGCCCCUCACAGAGUCCUGCCUUUCUCCUGCUGAGGAGGAGCCAGCCCCCUGCAAGGACUGCCGGCCGCUCUGCCUGCCGCCUGUGAGCAGCUGGGAACGGCAGCGGCAAGCCUCUGACGUAGUUUCUUCUGGGGUGGUGUCCUUAGACGAGGAUGUGGUGGAGCCAGAGGAACAGUGACCCAGAUCACGCCCAGUGGUGGCAUGUGUCCCCCGGCUGCUGCUGGGGGCAGAGCCUCCGUGCCCAAGUGCGGGCGAGGCUUCCAACAGAGCUCCAAAGCUUGGAGGGCUCCUGGGAGCACUCACUUCUCCAUUGUGUGUUUGCAUGAAAGUGUUCAGAGGAAGCAGGGGCCAGGUGGGGGCGCAUGUUCGGCCCCCACCCCUGGGGUUUGCCGGGGGUUGCCCGGGGCCCCUGGGGCAUGGCUGCAGCUGUGGCCGACGGUGAUGUUCAUGUUCUUAAAUCUAAAACACCCCACACACAUUUCCUCCUCGGGGGAUGUGAACCCUAAGGAGGUGGCUGUGACUGGGCUGUGUGGGACAGAGCAGGAGGGAGCCCUGCCUCCCCCCGCCCCUCCCCCUGCCUCUCCUCUGCUUCUUUCCUCACCUCUGAGUCCACGUGCAGUGCUUGACAGCAUCACCCCCACCUGGGGGGGCGGGCUCUGACCCUUCUGGAGCUGCUGGAUUGGGCUGUCCCCCCAGGGGCCCCUUGCCCAGCUGGGCUCAUGCUGUGCUUCACCUCUCCAUUGUCUCUAAAUCUUCUUUUUC